AUGGAAAGUUGUCUACACGACAGAUACAGAGAGCGUUGUCAUGCAAGAACGAUAGAUCCCGGUCAAGUGCCUGAGGAGAAGAUACACCAUCGUAUUCGCAUUGAUAUGACCAAAGUCGAUCAUUUCGUUGAGUUCAUUAAUCGCCCAUACUUUUAUCAAGAUGUGUCUUACGGAACUAAAUUCCUUAAGCUAGACAGUGGCGAAACCAUCGAGAUGCCGAACGUGGUGCGUACCGUGACGCGGUCUACGAUGAUUAGCCAGUACAUACAGUUUUGUCAGGAGAAGUUUGAACCUCUCAGUCGCACCACUUUAUUCAAAAUCCUAGAAGUCAGACAAGCUUCACAGAGAAAGUCGUUACAAGGCCUCGACAAUACUGCUGCCGAUGGCUCUGCUGGUUUCCAGAAAAUUGAAAUGAUUGUCGAUGAUUUAGAGAAAGAAAGAAUGAAUAGGCAAUGGUGCGCUGAGGUUAAGGAAAGGCUUAAGAGUGGAAAACGCUACUUAAAGACCAAUUAUCGCGUUCACUGCAAUCCAGAGGAAGCUUUAUGUCCUGAUCAUUGCCGCAAGUUCUCUUUAAGUGACGAACAAGAUCCCGACUUCCAGGAGAAAUGCUCCCAUCAACACACAGAAAACUGUAACGAGUGUCAAAAUCUGCGAAAUGUCUUAGAUGAAGUCGAAGACAAAAUUCGAGGUCCAUUUUGGAUUCCUUACGGCAGUGAACAUCGAGACGAUCUGUUAUACGACUUCAAACUGGCACAGAGAGAUAUUUUUGAGCGGAAGGCUCAUAUUGUUCUCUCUGUAGACCAGGAAGCAGCAAAGCAAGAUCAGCUGAAGACGAUAAGUACUAAUCAGAACUGUGCACUGGUAAUAAUGGACUGGGCAAUGAAGUUCCUUCAGCUGAAAUAUCGUGAGAAGCAGUCAGAUUGGUUUGGCAAGAGAGGAUUGAGUUGGAACAUCUCGACGGUGAUCACACGUGAUCCGAACCUUGAAGGAAGACUAGAACUGCGGUCGUAUGCCCAUCUGUUUGACGCAUGCCAGUAG